AACAUACAUUUUCUCCCAAAAUGAUCCAAAUCUCUGGAAACCCUUUCUUCAUUUCUGAAUUUAGAGACUCGGGUCGUCCUUCUCUUCUCCACAUCACUACACUGAAGACGUGGAGUUCACGAUUAACAACGACAACAGCGGUUAAUUGACUGACAUAUGGGACUGCAAGUAUAUUGGUAUGACUUCGUUUGCUUUGGCAUUGUAGCUGCUUCCUUUUGCGGUGCCUUAUGGGUAAUUUGGAGAAGAGAAGGCUCGUCUUCCAGGCUCGACGACAGCACUAUUUACGACGGCCUCCUAGUGGCUCAGCCCAGUAGUCAGGUGGUGUUUGCGGCUGGUGCACUGCCGAGGGGUCAUGUUGGGAGUUCCCAGUUAUGGACCAGCUGCUGGAAAGGAGUGCACCCUGGUUGGCUCUUGCUCACUCGUUCUCUCUCUUUUCUUAUUAUGGCUGCAUUCUUGGGUUGGGACGUUGUUGAGUGGGAUGCCACCAUUUUUGUCUACUAUACAGAGUGGACUUUUACAUUAGUUAUCAUCUAUUUUGCGAUAGGGAGCAUUGUAUCUGCAUAUGGAUGUUGGCUGUUAUCAAAGCAUCCUGGCCAAAGUGAUUUAGAAGAAAAGGCAGAAGAAUUAAAGGGUGAAAUGAUGCAAAGGCACAAUAAUAAGGCUCAACAAGAGAUUCAUGAAAGAGCUGGGUUUUGGGGCUAUAUAAUGCAAAUAGCUUUCCAGACUUGUGCAGGUGCUGUUAUUCUCACAGAUAUUGUAUUUUGGUGUAUCAUUCUUCCAUUUGAAUCGAAUUCACAUCUUGGACUAACUUUGUUGAUGGGUUGCAUGCAUACUUUGAAUGCAUUUUUUCUUCUGGUAGACACCAUACUGAAUAUCCUUCCAUUUCCUUGGUUUCGGCUGGCCUAUUUUGUCCUUUGGAGUUGUGUGUAUGUCAUUUUCCAGUGGAUCAUCCACGCCUGUGGCUUUUCAUGGUGGCCAUAUCCUUUUCUUGAGCUCGAUACACCAUGGGCUCCUUUGUGGUAUUUUUGCUUGGCUUUGAUUCACAUACCUUGUUAUGGAUUGUAUGCACUGAUUAUAAAAGCCAAAUAUACAAUUCUGCCAAGACUGUUUCCCCAUGCUUUCGUGAGGUCUCAUUAGUUUUUCACUCUUGUCAUUCACUGCUAUUCCAUAUCGUUUUUCAUUUUUAUUUUUUGGGUUUUUGGUUUUUGAUGCUCGUUAAAUUUAGAAAUGUGUUCCACAUGUCUAAAUACUUUUGAUUUUACAGUUGGCAAUGCCGUUAAGAUUUAUAUUUUCUUUUGGUUGUAUUAAUAUAGUUUUGUUAUUCCUUUUAUAAAGUAGUUCAAUAUUUUAUAUA